AGGCUGCUGAGUCUGGUUUGCCUCAGAAUGUGGCCUUCGAAGCACUGCACAUCCGCAGUUUAGCGACUGUCAGCAUAGACGACGAUAAUGUGAACCCCGCUGCACUGGAAGCGUACGAAGAGGUGAGUGCGCGAGAGGCGAGAUACUUACGACAAAUUAUUGGCGAGAAUUCGAGGUGGUUCCAAAACGGAGUGGCUUACACGGCGAGCUUGUCAAAGGAUCUCGAUACCAUUGAGAGG